GAAUACUAUUUUAGCAGCGAAUUGAAUAUAAUACUGAGGAUAUCGAUUAUAUUCACGUUUAAAAACAUAUUAAUCAAUGGCCAGAUCUUUGUGUCGGAUCUGUCGGAACCAAAUGCGGUGACAUAUCUGCCACUGGAGUCGAGGGACAGUAGCGGACACCACAAGUCCUCGGAAUGCGCUCUCAUAUUGCAGAGGACUUACGUGAACGGCAAACGUUACAAAUCUCACGCUCCUCUCUAUGGAGGCUUCUUUGAUAUGAUCAAAGGCGAGGGUAAUGAAGUGGACGACGGAGACUAUGGGGACAACCAGUACCAGGAGGUGUGCAUUCGGUAUAUAGACGUGAACCGAGCCGUUAAGGAGGCGAUGCAUACGUUGCGAUACAAGCGGCCAAACGGUAUCGACAGUCUGGAGCCGCCGCCAGAUAUGAUUGGAGAGACGUCCGAAGUGGCGCUCGAGACCACACGUCUUCUCACAUACCAAUUUGAGUUAUCGCACGACGAGAUACUGAACGGAUUGCCACUAAUAGACAUGUCUCGGACAGUGUAUUGGGAUCACUGCCCGAUGCACGUCAAGCCAAUCCCGUGCUCUGUCGACCGGUACCGCACUUAUACCGCUCAUUGCAAUAACCUUAAGAACCCGAGUUGGGGCGCAUCCCACACACCAUUCGUCCGAUACCUGCCGCCCGUCUACUCAGAUGGCAUUCAGGGCGAACGGGUGAGCGUCGUUAAAGGGGCCAAAUUGCCAAACCCUCGCUUAGUUACGUCUAUAGUUCAUAGAGAUUUUGACCACCCGUCCAAUGAAUUGACCAUUCUCAUUAUGAGUUGGGGUCAGUUCAUUGACCACGAUGUCGCACUCGCAGCACCGCCUAGAAGUAAGUACAUACCAGCAAUGCUCAAUGAGUUAAUGCCCAUUAGCUAUAAUGCAAACCUA